UAUGUUUUUGUUGUUUUGACAGGUCAUGUCAUACCACCAGGAGCUGUAGGGUCUAGAAUCUCUUCAGGUCCUCACUUGCCACCAGGAGCUGUUGGAUCUACAAGUGGGCCUGCCAUGCCACCAAGCGCUGCAUCUUCAGGUGCUAAUAACUACAACCGUAUGACCCUAGAUGCAUUAUUGAAUGCUCCCUCGAGAGAGCUUCAGCCACACCUCCAUCCAAGGAAACUCAAUGGCGCUUUAUGGUUCGGUGUAGACCCCUCUGUCCACAAAUUCAUCCGAACAACAUGGCAAGCCUACUACAUGGGACCAUGGAGUAGCUGGAAAUUUGUUCCUCAAGAGAGGAAAGAUAAGUGGUGGCAGACUUUUGUGAUGGUGGAGUCUGGUCUUGAUGAACCGCCACCUUACACCGAUCUCGUGCGUAAGACACACACGCGGUCAGAUGGAACUUUCGUUGAUGGUCGAUCAGAAUCUCUUGUUCUUGAAGUAGAGGAGGCCGUGGCAGAGAUGACAGCUGAUGAUGGAUCUCCUCAUUCUGACAGCCAAGGCACCUCAACAGCUGCAACGUCUGCAAUUCCUACUCGCAUUCUCCUCAACCAAGAAUUUCUCAAGCGCAGUAAGACAAAGCGAGGGAGAGUAUACGGAAUAGGCAGUGUGCAGUUUUGGGAUUUCACUCCGACCGAGACAGUCCAUGAAUCUCAUACACACACUGUCGACAUGGACAUGCGUAUAUCCGGUUUGGAGGCUAAUUCAAAAGCUGUCAACAGCAAUAUUGAAACGCUCAAGGAAGAUGUGUUGGCGAUGAGGGGUGAGUUCAAGGAAGAGUUGGCCACAGUCAAGAAUGAAAUGGUGGCAGUACUAAAUGCAUUCCUACAAAAGGUUGGUACCACUCCGCUUUCUACUACUGCUGUUGAUGCCUCUCCGCCCCCUGCUGCUGCUGCUGCCUCUACAAAUCCUGCUAACACCACAAACCCAAGUCAACAACAACCUACACUAGAUGAGAUGUGUGCUUUUUUAUUAGGAGAUUAG